CAAACCAAGUGGCCUCUGUCACCAAAACAAGCAGCGCCAACACUUUCACACUUUUUUACUCUCUGCACCGCCCAUCGCAAUUCGCAAACUAAACACAACAAUAUAUAUAUAUAUAUAUAUAUAUAUAUGUAUAAAUAAACAAACACCAUCUCACUUAUCUCCUUAGUUCUUACACAAUACACACACCAUGGACGAUGAUUCCGUUAUUUCCGAUAGCCAAAGCUCCGUUUCCGUCACCGCGCAACACCAUGCUCCUCUCCUUACCCUCCCACACGGUGACGCCGUCCACGACCUCAUCAAGACAAGCUUCCUUCGCGGACUGGGCCCGCUCGGGCCCAAAACCCAGGUCCUUUCCGUCCAACGAAACGCAUGUUCCACCGCCGUUUCGCAAGCGCGUCUCCACUCCUUUCAUCUUUACGCUAAGGCGGUCGCAAAACUUCGCCACGCCAAUGCCAACGUUAAGUACGCCUGGUACGCCACUCGCGGCCACACCGACGUAAACGACAUCGUUUCGCACGGCUUCGCUCACGCACACGGUCCCAGACUACUUCUCUCCCCCGACGACGCUCCUCUGCAAAGUGUGAAAGAGUGUGUGGUUGGGGGAGACGGUGUGAGGCACGCGUUACUGUGCCGCGUUAUUCUCGGAAGAUCUGAGAUUGUUGAUGUUGAGGGUGACACAGAGCAAUGUUGUCCUACUUGUGACGACUAUGAUUCUGGGGUGGAUAGUUUUUCGGCUCCAACCAAGUACAUCAUUUGGAGUAACAACAUGAACACACAUGUUUUACCUGCUUAUGUUGUCAGCUUCAGGCUUCCUUCCUCCCAAGGGAUUGAUGAGAAGAGUGAGGAAGAGCCUUUGACGCCUUCUUCGCCGUGGAUGCCAUUCCCGACUCUGAUUUCUGUCCUUUCCAAGGUUAUGGCUCCGUCUGAUGUUGCCCUUAUCUCCAACUUCUACAAAGAUAAAAAAGAGAACAAGAUUUCACGACAUGAACUGAUACAGAGAGUGAGACGAAUAGCGGGAGACAAGUUGCUGAUUGCGGUCAUCAAAUCUUACAGACAAAAUAAAAAACCAAGCUUUCUGCAAAUAAGGUCAAAGAAUGGACGAAUGGCUUGGCAACAAGGAUAGAAUAAUUUCCUUCACAUGAGUAUUGCUGGGGUAGACACUAGACAGACACAAUACUAAAAUUUCAUAACCAAACUUACAAGGAGGACACAAAAUGCUUUAAAAGCAGUGUGCCAUAUGCUUCGGCUUUUUUUUUUUUUUUUUUUUUGAAGUU